AAGCUCUGAACUCGCCACACGACCUAGGACGCAGCAGUGCGUUGUAACCAUGGCGCCCAAGGCCGCCCCGGUCCACCUCGUGCUAGUGCCCUUGCACUCCCUGGUCCUGCCCUUCUCCUCCCUCGCUCUGACCCAGGACUUCUGCGUCGCCGACCUGCUCCGCCCCGCCACGCCGUCCGGCUACCCGUGCAAGCCCAAGGCUCUUGUCGGCUCCGACGACUUCUACUCUGAUGCCCUGGCCAAGCCCGGCCCCGUCAUCCAACCUUUCAACACCGGCCUAGCCUCCGCCACCGUGAAACAGUUCCCCGGCGUGAAUGGCCUCGGCAUCUCCGCCACGCGUGUCGACAUCAAGCCUGGUGGAGUCGUGCCCAUGCACACCCACCCGGAAGCCUCAGAGCUCAUCUUCGUCAUCCAGGGGAACAUUUCCGCCGGCUUCAUCAGCGCGGAAACCAAUAAGGCCUACGUCAAGAAGCUAGGCAAGGGCGACCUCUUCGUGUUCCCGCAGGGGUUGCUGCACUUCCAGUACAACAUCGGCAACUCGACCGCCAUCGCCUUCAACGCCUACAGCAGCCCUGACCCCAGCCUGCAGAUCUAUGACUAUGCGCUCUUCGGCAACACCCUGUCCGUGGAGUACGUGGCCAAGGGCACCUUCAUAGAUCGCAAGGAGAUCAUGAGGCUCAAGGCCCUCUUCGGCAUUGUUUCAGUACCCUAACGCUCGGCAGGAUUAAUUAACAACUUGCUCGCAGUUGUAAGCUUAUGGCGUGUGAGAAUAAAAUAAUUUGCAUGGGUGCACUGCACACACUCGUC